GGGCGGGGCCGGGCGGGGCCGGGCGGGGCGGGCGCCUGGACGCGAGCCUCGGGCGCCUAGCUGCCCAGACGGCGGCGGUGGUGGCCGCACGCGCGGCCCGUCCUCUGUCCUUGCGGCGCUCCAGUCCCAGCCCCUCGCACCAUGCGGCCGCCUGCGCCUCCCACCGUGCUGGUGCCGUCGGAGCGCGCGGUGGUGCUGCUGUCGUGCGCGCUCUCCGCAUUCGGCUCUGGCCUGCUGGUGGCCACGCACGCCCUGUGGCCCGACCUGCGCAGCCGGGCACGGCGCCUGCUGCUCUUCCUGUCACUGGCCGACCUGCUCUCGGCCGCCUCCUACUUCUAUGGGGUGCUGCAGGACUUCGCGGGCCCGUCGUGGGACUGCGUGCUGCAGGGCGCGCUGUCCACCUUCGCCAACACCAGCUCCUUCUUCUGGACAGUGGCCAUUGCGCUCUACCUGUACCUCAGCAUCGUCCGCGCCGUGCGCGGGCCCCGCACCGACCGCCUGCUCUGGGUCUUCCACAUCGUCAGCUGGGGAGUCCCGCUGGUCAUCACUGUGGCAGCUGUCGCCCUGAAGAAGAUCGGCUAUGACGCCUCAGAUGUGUCUGUGGGCUGGUGCUGGAUCGACCUGGAGGCUGAGGACCACCUCCUGUGGAUGCUGCUGACGGGGAAGCUGUGGGAGAUCCUGGCAUAUGUCCUGCUGCCCCUGCUGUACCUCCUGGUCCGGAAGCACAUCAACAGAGCGCACACGGCGCUCUCUGAGUACCGGCCCAUCCUCUCCGGGGAGCACCGACUGCCACGCCACUCCUCCGUGGCCGAUAAGAAGCUGGUGCUCAUCCCACUCAUCUUCAUCUGCCUCCGGGUCUGGAGCACCGUGCGGUUCGUGCUGACCCUCUGUGGCUCCCCCGCGGUGCGGACGCCGGUGCUGGUCGUCCUGCAUGGUAUCGGGAACACGUUUCAGGGAGGUGCCAACUGCAUCAUGUUCGUCCUCUGCACCCGCGCCGUCCGAACCCGGCUCUUCUCUGUCUGUUGCUGCUGCCCUUCUCAGCCUCCCGCCGAAAGCCCAGCCGGCACUCCCAAGGCUCCUGCACCCUCCAAGCCACGAGAAUCUCAGAAAUCCCAGGGGACCCCAGGGGAUCUUCCAAGCACCUAAGCUUUUGUCCUGCCUAGUUCCAUGCAUAGGUGCUGUCUUCCUGGGGACCAGCGCUUCUGUGAGUCCCUGCGGCAGGGGCAGGAGGGCGUGUCUGCUGCACUGGAAGACCCGCUAUUGAUGCUCUUGGCGCCAUUGGAAGCGCAGCCGCCAACUCAGCUUCUUCUACCUCCUAGAUCCUCAGGCAGCAAGUUCCACACGUCCCAGUGUCCUGGUGCACUGGAGCGGCCGUUCAUCUGCAUAAGGGUAGCAGUGAUGAGAUUCAGGAAAACCAGUGGUCCGCGAUUGCGGCCACGGUGCCUCUACCUGGUGGACCUCAGUGUCCUGAGGACCACACAGCACUGUUUACAGUUUGAGGGACCCACACCCGUGCUGCUAUCCUUCGUGCGAUUAUAUAAGCUGUCAGGGGGCCCCCAGAGAUGUGUCACCACACAGACAUCACAGAGCAGAUUCCUGGCUGGUCAGGGUGUUGGGCUUCUUUGGAGAGCCCGGCUGUCCUUGGAGAGUUUGCUCACCAGAGGAACCAGUUGCCUUUUACCAGGUGGAAGGUUCCCCUGAGGUUACAUGGUGAACACGGCCCAGCACAGCUGCUCAGGGACAGCAGUGUUCCCCCCGCUUCUGGCCCCUCCCUCUGUGGACUGCUAACCCUUGCUGUAGCUUGGGUUUGAGUUUCAAGAACAGACCAGAAUCCACACACCUGCCGCCAUCUGUCAAUCACUUCAGACACAGAUUCCUCCUUCCAAUUCCAGGGGUGGAACAAGGACAGGAAGAGGCAUCUCAGGGAACCCCGAAGAUCCCACUGUCUCUCCAGCUCCUUUCUUGUAAUCCUCCUGUUCUUGCAGAGACCAAAGAGGGUGAGGGGGCCUGGCUUAUUUACUUCUUAGUUUAGUUUUUUGUAGGUAAAGUGGCUGGAGAGAUGAGUAAUCCAAAUAUGAUUCCUCAGGCCAAGCACAGUGGCUCACACCUGUAAUCCCAGCACUUUGGGAAGCCGAGGUGGGUGGAUCACCUGAG